GCGGCGGCGGCGGCGAUGGCGGACGGCGGAGGACGAGCGGCGGCGCUGAAGGACCAGGGGAACGAGCAGUUCAAGUCGGGGAGCUACCUCAAGGCCGCCGCGCUCUACACGCAGGCCAUCAAGCUCGACCCCGACAACGCCGCCCUCUACAGCAAUCGAGCUGCUGCAUUUCUGCACCUGGUUAAGCUGAAUAAAGCACUUGCUGAUGCCGAAACGACAAUAAAACUGAAGCCACAGUGGGAGAAGGGUUAUUUCAGGAAAGGAUGUGUUCUGGAGGCCAUGGAGCAGUAUGAGGAGGCAGUAUCUGCUUUUCAAAUAGCUUCACAGCACAAUCCACAAAAUACAGAAGUCUCCAGAAAAAUCAAGAGGCUUACUCAGUUAGCAAGGGAACAGAAACGAGCUGGUGAUGUGGAGAACAUGCGUUCCAAUAUUGACCUUGGGAAGAACUUGGGGUCAUUGAAAACCGAGCUGGCUGCAAAGUAUGGAGAUGCAGAAUUGGCACAAAAUAUCUCCUCAUUUGUUAUCAAUGUAAUGGAAUCAGCGGUGAAGGUUUGGCAUGACACUGGAAAAGUGGAUCCAAGGGUCAAUUUUCUUCUUGAUGACCAGAAGACUGAUACUGAAAAAUAUGCUCCAGUGGUUAACAUUGAAAAGGCCUUUGAGUCACCCGACACCCAUGGCAGUUGCAUUCCGUAUUUGCGGCAGUAUACCGUUGAAUCUUACUCAAAGGCUGCUUGUAUGGUAGCACCUAAGGGAAUCAUCUCCUACCCACAGGUCUGGAAAGGGACGGGAUCGAGAAAAUGGAAGCUUGAUCAGAGUGAUGGAUUCUUUGUACAAUUUGAAUCACCGAUUUUGCGGAAGAUAUGGUUUGUUCCUAGCACAACAGAAAAGGGGCGAACAUUGUGCAGGAGCCCUGAGCCCUUGGACAUUACCAUCCACGAAAUCAUCCCUCGAAUAUUCAAAGAGACUGAAGCUGCCUGAAGGACAUACGUGCAGUCGACGUCCCCGUGAUUCCACCUUUGAUCGCAUCAUUGGUCCGUAUUCCUCCCAGUGGUUGGUUUACGGUUGAGAAGGCGGCAGGUAUCUUCUCACACAGGAAGGAAGAAGCAGAUGCCAUAUUUUGUGAACCGGAGAUGGUUCCUGUAUCGGUGUUGCGUAGAUCCAGGCACUCCAGUUUUGCUGCUCUCGGUUUGGUUUCUACCGUAUGUGGUGAUAUAUUUUUUUGUUGUUGUGUGUACAAGAAGCUUUGGUGGGGUUACGGCAGUCAUUUUUUCUUUCAUUGCUAAAAAAAACUUGGAAUAUGUAUUUUAGAAGCUUGUGAUUUUAUUGUGUUAUUGUGUGGCUGGUCCGGCCCACGCUGGUGUGUUGAAAGCAUACCGAAAUUCUCUCCUGAACCAUGUACAUGGAGGGAUGGGUAAUAUGAUGAUUGUGGCCUAGAAAUGUGGCAAGUGACA